CUCCAUAUCCUUGGGGAAACCCAAUUCUAUAAAUUUGUAUAAUUCCCAAUCUAAAAAUUCAACCUUCACCUGAGCUACAAGACAAAUGGCUCAAAAAGUAGCUCUUUUUGUUGUGGUGUUGCUCGUGUCAUCUCUAGACAAAGCUUUUGGAGCAAGAAUUGGAGGGUUUUCAACUAUAUUUGAAAAUAGAUACGAAAUCGAUCGCCAGGUUCCGAAAGGCCCCAACCCAAUUGUGUCACCACCAUCACCAUGGGCUAGCAAUGGAGUUGGAGAUACCCAUGGAUACGAAAUUAAUCGCAAGGUUCCUACAGGCCCCAAUCCAAUUACAUCACCAGGAACACCGGAGGCAGAAAAUGGAGUUGGAUACACCCAUGGAUACGAAAUUAAUCGCAAGGUUCCUACAGGCCCCAACCCAAUUACAUCACCAGGAACACCGGAGGCAGAAAAUGGAGUUGGAUACACCCAUGGAUACGAAAUUAAUCGCAAGGUUCCUACAGGCCCCAACCCAAUUACAUCACCAGGAACACCGGAGGCAGAAAAUAGAGUUGGAUACACCCAUGGAUACGAAAUUAAUCGCAAGGUUCCUACAGGCCCCAACCCAAUUACAUCACCAGGAACACCGGAGGCAGAAAAUGGAGUUGGAUACACCCAUGGAUAUGAAAUUAAUCGCAAGGUUCCUACAGGCCCCAACCCAAUUACAUCACCAGGAACACCGGAGGCAGAAAAUGGAGUUGGAUACACCCAUGGAUACGAAAUUAAUCGCAAGGUUCCUACAGGCCCCAACCCGUUUGUGUCACCACCAUCACCAUGGGCUGCAAAUGGAUUUUGAAUCAUCCCCAAGGAUCCUAGAGGCCUAGGUCAAAUAAUCUCAUCACCUUCUCCGAGAAAAGUGGAUUGAUACAAAAAAAAAUUGAUCUGAAUGUUCUUAGGAGCCUUAACCCAAAAUAUCCAAGUUUUGCUAUGUUUAAGCAGAAUUAGUAACAAAUUGAAAUCUUGAAACAAUGUAUGCUCCAUCUGCCUAUCUCAAUAAACUCAA